CGUUGGAGAGAAACAUCCAUAGAUGAUGUGGACACGUGUGGACGCAGUAGAGAAGUCGCGUAGCUGAGUCCACGUCAGCACUCCGGCCGUCUCUCCCAACCCGAUCACCACGGUUAACAAAAAAAAAAAAAAAACACUUAUCAUUCUCAACAAGAGAAUAAUAAUAUAAAUAGACACCUUCUUCUCGCGAAACCCUAAUCUUCGAUUUCCGCUGCGUUCUUCCGAAUCUCCGUCGGAUCUCAAAUUCGUGUUCUCAGCUGCUGAAAUCUCCGUGAGAUUGUGUAAAGAUUGGGGAAAAUUGAUAUUGAUAGAUGAAUGGUAGGGGAAUGCAGAGAAGGUUUUGCUGCGAGGUGGACAACGGCUGGAAGGAGUCGUCCCUCUCUCAAGGGAUUGUCAUCGUCGGCCCUAAAGCAAGAACCAGGGACAAACCCCGGGAUCAUCAUCAUCAUCAUCAUCAUCAUCUCUAGAUCUUUCAUCAUGGCUCGGAUCUUGAUUCAACGAGGAAGUUCUUCCAAUCCAAGCCACCGCUCCUCUUCUGCUUCCUCCUCUUCUUCCUCUGCCUCAGCCUCAGCAACAGAACCACCACCAGUGACUGUUUAUGAAGAAACUACGGAUGAGGUUACUGUACUUGAAGAACAAGGAGAGUGUUCUGAUGCUAAGGAUGUUUCACCACUCCCCAGUGAUGAACCUUUGGAUAGAGAAGAAGAAGAAGAAGAUGAUGAAGGUUUGGUUGUUUCGGAGAACGCUGUUGUUGUUGUUGAAGGUGAAGGUGUAGAUUGUGAUUCUCCGGUUAGUGGUGGCGAUGACCCUGAUUCACCACCCUUACCUGUUCCUCCUCCACCGAAGCCUUGUUCUAAUAGGAGAUCGGUCUUGGGGAGUUUUGGUGAUUUACAAAUUGGAGCAGCGAGAAGAGGGGCUGGAUCACAUCCUUCUUCUCCAAGAUCACAGAGUGAGAACGAAGGCUAUAACAGUUCUGAUGAGCAUACGCCAUCUUUUACUCCCUCUCAUGCAGGCUCUGGCUCGGAACGAGAACAUCAGUUUGAAAGCGAGAUUAGACAAUCGAAAGGCUUUGAAAUUAGGCGUAUGCUGGAAGAUGGGAACUGUCUCUUUCGGGCUGUUGCAGAUCAAGUAUACGGGGACUCAGAGUCAUACGACUUAACUAGACAAAUGUGCAUGGAUUACAUGGAACACGAGAGGGAUCACUUUUCUCAGUUCAUAACUGAAGGCUUUACCUCUUACUUGAAGAGGAAAAGAAGAGACAAGGUCUAUGGAAACAACGUGGAGAUCCAAGCUUUGGCAGAAAUGUAUAAUAGGCCUAUCCACAUUUACUCAUAUAGCACAGAGCCUAUCAACAUAUUUCAAGGGAGCUACAACACGGAUACACCUCCUAUAAGGCUGAGUUACCACCAUGGGAAUCAUUACAAUUCGUUGGUUGAUCCACAUCGGUUGACAGUUGGUGCAGGACUUGGAUUUAGUAGCCUGACUGGGAGACAAGUGGACGGGGAGCAGGUGAAAGCUGCUAUAAAGGCUCAGCAAGAACAUCAGAUUGAUAAUGCGCUCAUAGCAGAAGGGAGAUAUUACUCUGACCUUGAGCUUACUGAGAAGGAAAUAGAACGAUCUGUAAUGGAAGCAUCUCGUGCUGAGUAUCUUAUGGAACGGUCUAAACCACGAAUUGGUCCCAAGGAAUCAUCCACCUCUAAUGCUGGGACGUCGUCCUCUUCUGGAGCUAGACCUUCGGGCAGUGAUAGGAAACCAAUCGAGAAGACGGUGCUGAGCAGCAGCAUUGAGAUGGUUUUGUCGAUGGGGUUUAGCUACACGCAGGCCAUUGAAGCUUAUAGCAUUUUUGGGGACGACGUUGACUCUAUGGUCUGCUAUGUACUGGAGACGAGCUGUGGCAGCAAAAACCGACGCAAAGGCAAAGCCACAGAAUAGAGAAUGUAACAUGAGUUGUUCCUGUAUUGAUAUAUAGAACCUACCGAGGAAGUACCAACGUGUGGGAGAUUUAAAGUACACCCUUAAAUCAGAAUAAUGAAUAAACUUCCUGCAUAUUGGCAUAUAUGUACGUGUCUUCUGUACUCUUAGUCCUAUUAGUUGAAUAAGAGAAAACAUUCUGAAAAAA